GCGGGAACUUUUCGUGGUGGGUACCGUCCUGCCGAGUGUUCGCUUCCUCCGGUGUGUUUUGAGCGUCGUACCCGGGAGGCUGGGCCUACGGGACAAGAUGGAGCUCUUGCAGGUCCUGAAACGCGGGCUGCAGCAGGUCAGCGGCCACGGCGGCCUCCGUGGCUAUCUACGGGUUUUCUUCAGGGCAAAUGAUGUGAGGGUUGGUACCUUAGUGGGGGAAGACAAAUAUGGAAACAAAUACUAUGAAGACAACAAGCAGUUUUUUGGCCGUCACCGAUGGGUUAUAUAUACUACUGAAAUGAAUGGCAAAAACACAUUUUGGGAUGUGGAUGGAAGCAUGGUGCCCCCUGAAUGGCAUCGUUGGCUUCACUGUAUGACCGAUGAUCCUCCAACAACAAAACCACCUACUGCUCGUAAAUUCAUCUGGAUAAAUCAUAAGUUCAAUGUGAGUGGCACUCCAGAACAAUAUGUACCUUAUUCUACCACUAGAAAGAAGAUUCAAGAGUGGGUCCCACCUUCAACACCUUACAAGUAAAGAUACUGGAAAACAGUUUGAACAUGUGAAAUAUGGGGCUCUUCAUGCAAUUGCACUUUCACUGCUUACUAUUCACUUGAUUAAAAUUGUUUGAUUAAGCAA